AUGUCAAAAAUUCUUAAAUUGGCUCUUCUUAUUGCCGAUACACCACUUCCUAAAGUUGUAAAACUAUAUGGAGACUAUUACGUUCAAUUCUCAAAAUUUUUACAAAGAGCCGCUGAUUCUAGCAAGGAACCAAUUAGUCUAGAUAUACAACCUUUUGAUGUGACGAAAAUGGAAUAUCCGAAUAAACAAGAAUUACUUGAAAUCAAUGGAAUACUUAUUACUGGGUCUGCUGCAUCAGCAUAUGAAGAUCUUCCUUGGAUUAAUCGUUUAAUUGAGUUUAUGGGUUCAAUUAUAAACGAAUAUCCAAAGAUUAGGAUUGUUGGGAUUUGCUUUGGACAUCAGAUUAUUGCCAGAGCGAUGGGUGGUCAAGUUAUUGUGAACCCCUUAGGUUGGGAGGUUGCAGUUACGGAAUUUUCUUUAACAGAUACCGGAAAGAAAUUUUUCAAGACAAAUAGGAAAGCAUUGCGUCUUCAAGAAAUGCAUCGGGAUUAUGUUUCGAGUAUUCCUCCCAACUUUUCAAAUAUUGGGUUUACUAAAGUAUGCGCCAUUCAAGGGAUGGUUAAAGAUGAUCAUGUGCUUACAAUUCAGGCUCAUCCAGAAUUUGUAAGUGAUGUAGUUAAAGAGAUUAUUAAAGCACGUCAGGAAAAACGAAUCUUUACUCCUGAACUUGCGCAAAAGUUUUUGUUGGCAGCAGAUUAUGAUGAUGAUAGCACAUGGAUAGGUCAAAAAUGUGUGGAGUUUUUGACAGGCGAGAUUGAACCAGAUGUCACCGAUAGUUAA